AUGCGAGUAAGGGACGAACGUGCAGUCUAUAUUGUAGGAGAACGAGCGGCAGAGACAUUCGGAAGCGACAAAGUCACGUCAGAAAGAAAUCAGAAGCGAAAACAAAGAUUCGAUGCCGAACCUCAAACUUCUUCCAAGCGGCACCGUUCUGAUAUUGCUCCGAAGCGUCAUGGUCCCUGGAACAAUCUUCAACUCAUACUUUGCAUCCAAGACAAAGACAAUGAUGUUUCCAGUAAGGUUAAUCAGGCAUUUAAUUUUGUGCGGUCAAGUGUGGAAAAUGGUGUUGGCGCUUGGCAGGAUUGUAAUACUAUAAAACUUCCAAGACUAAUAUCUUACCUUAAUGAUUGGAUCGUGACAUUGCUUUUUCCUCCGAAUGGGAAGAAAAACUGGGGCGAUGGGAAGACACCACAGCUCGAGGGGAUUGAGGCAUAUAUGGAUAUUCGUUGUUGGGAGAUAUUCAAGUUAUGCUUGCAGGAGUCUUUGAAGUUUCACGGCUCUUGGAGUAUGCCCCGGAACCUCCUACAAACUGUUCAGUUUGUUGCCAGAGAUUUACUGUCACUGCUAGAAGACACCUGUAUUAGUUCAGGAGAAGUUAUUAUAUCCGAAGAAAGGUUUAAACUGUAUGGUACUGCUAUUGAUUGUGUAUCGUUGGUAUUCUUGUCGCAUGGUGGGUUGUCAAAUAAAAACUUGGACUUGUGGGUUGAGACAGCCAAGGUGUUGCUUGAUCUUGUGCUGAAAACUUAUAACAAUAGCCUUGAUGACAGCAAUGUCGGUGCCCUUGCACAACGCUUUCUGUGGUCAGUGCUUCUGCCAUUCUCUAAGUUGAGUGUCCAGCGAGCUAAGAAAGGAUUUCAUAAUUUUGUGGAUAAACUUCUCGAGCCGCUAUUGCAUUUAUCUAGUGAGUUGCAUCUUCGGGUUAAUAGAAGUAAUCCCAUUUGGAUGUCGAGAUUAAAAGAGGCAGUGGAAGAAGUUCUUGCUCAUGGCCUUUUUCAUCAAGUGCAUAUUUCUGAGUUUUUAAGCCUACAUGGUUCAGAAAAUGAUGUUACUGCAUGUGAUGAAAAAUCAAAUGACUCAAAAACAACCAUUAAGAGUUAUACUAGACAUUUAUUUGAUGUACUGAAUAGAAUUAUAGCUAGGAAGAAUGCUAUGGCAAUGGGUAGCUUAGGCUUGUUAUUUCAUUUAUAUGCUACUUCAGCAAGAAAAUUCAAACUGGAUGAAGGGCUCAAGACAACAGAGAAAAUAGGUGAUUCAAGGCAACCAGUGCUAGGAAAACAUUCUAACUCAAAUAAUAUUUCUGCAGACAUUCAAAAAUCACUUUUUAAUUUUUUUGUACUUAUUAUGGAACCCCUUUUGCUGAAGAUUAAUGCCUAUAUUGAAGUUGAAGUAGAUGCCAAUACCCUGUUGUUGGAUCUUCAUGGUUUACUAAAGUCUAUUGGUAAUUUGCUUGCUAGUUUUAUGCGAGAGAAAGUUUAUUUGAGAACAGAAGAUACAUCUGGAGGAGCUUGUCUCAAUUUCUUGAAGAAAAUAUUUAAGACAUUGAUAACUAGUUCUACUAGUGUACUCCAUUUCUCCAAUUAUGAUACAACUAACAAGAUGGAGAUAUAUGUUUUGCCUGCUAAUGAGAUUCUAGUCGCUAUGGGAUAUCUUUUGCAGAUUGGAUAUGAGGUUAUUGGUGAAGGCUUGGUAAAUUUAUGGCUUCUUAUCUUGUCAUUCUCUGCCAUUAAUUGCAAUUUGGGGAAUGCUUUUGAUCAAUGCUCAUUACCUUGUGCUAUACCUGCCCUGGAGUGCCAAACAAUUCAUCUCUACAGUCAACUACGCCAGGUGGAAGUUGCUAUUUUAGCACUGUGCAAAGCUAUAAGGCUUAUUAUAUGUCCUGAGGGUUAUACUGAAGAAAGUUCUUCUAGGUUCUUGACAUUUCUGUCUAAUGAAGUUCAUUUUGAAGCAGUUGAAAGGCUCUUAUCUUCACAGAAUUUCAUUCAUGCCAUUUAUAAGGCUGUUGAAUCUAUUCCAGAAGGGCAGGUGUGUGGCUGUAUUAGACAGAUAAGAGAUGAUAUUUCAGAAUCUCUCAUGUGGAUGAAAGAUUUUUGUCCAUUGGUUGAUGGCAAGAAAUUGCAUUUUUUUAAUCUGCAAGUGGAACUGUUUGGUAAAGGGCUAUCCAGACUAUAUGGUUUAGUGCUUGGUUUGGUGACCGUCACUGAUGGUAACCGCAAUCUUUUUGGAGUUUCCGUAAAAGAACUUAUGGAAUUAAUGCGUCCCUACUUGAGUAUUCUAGUUGGAAAGCAGCAAGAUACAAUCUGCAAGUUCUUUUCUUCUGUCACAGGUCAAACUGUUGAUCGAGUGGUUAGAAAGGGAAACUUUUUAAAGAAAUUUGGUAUGUCCAGCCAAUGGGUUCUUGUGUUCUUCUUUCAGUUGUAUGUGUGUUGCCAAACCUUAUAUAGGCAAGCAAGCCUUAUGCCUCCUGAUUUGCCAAAAAAGUCUGCAGAGUUGAUGGACAGGAUUGAUGAGAUAGACUUCGGCUUUUUUUCUUGGAUUGUUCAACCCUCAGGUUCCCUCCUUGAUGUUAUGAAAUUUAUUUCUGACAUAUAUCUUAAACAUGGCCCAGAUGAUUCUUCCCCUUUGAUCUAUAUCUUUCAAUAUAUGGCUCUUCGAAGGCUUGUUGACGUGAAUAAACAGAUUAUAUUGUUCAAGUAUAUGCAAAAGAAGCAUUAUUUGCAGAAGCCUUAUAGAUCCCAAAUCAACACACUGAAGGAAGAAGCGGCUGGACUUACUAAUUUUAUUAUGGAAAAUUUAUCAUGUGUGUUUCAAUCCCCAAUCUUUGUUUCUGAAUGUGUAACUUGUGAAGAUGUAGUUUUUGUGGCUACUCAAAGCAACGAAUGUGAUCUAGGAGUUUAUUUUGCUGACAGAAAGUCAUUGCAAACACUCAUUUGGUCUAAUCUUUGCAAAAGUGUUGAUGUUUGGAGCAACCAUGCUUCAAAGAAGCAAAUGAAAAAGUUCUUCUCACAUUUACUCCAUACUUACCUUCAAAGUGUAACAAGUAGUUUUCAAGAGUCAGGUGUGCAAGAAAUUGACAAAUUUAAGCUGCUCAAGAGGGUCACUUUGUCACAAAUAUCAUCAGAACUUUUAAAUGAUUCACUUUUUUAUAAACAAAAAGUAAGAUCCUCCUUUUGUUAUACACAGUUCCUUUUACCCUUCACACACAAACACCCAUAUUUAAUCUUUCUAGUAUUUGGUUUAAAAGAUAAAGUUACACCUAUAUGUCUUCAUUUCAUAUUUUUGUUUCAGUUUGUCCACAGGAAUCUGGCCUCAAUAUUAUGUGAUGCUUUAGAGAAAUCUGCAUUUCCAUUAUUUAGUAAUGUUCCGUGUACUGAUGUGAAUCUUUGGUCAUUGCCUAAUUGGGUUGAGUUUUUAAGCGCCCUUGACAAGUCAACAGUGCUUAUUGAUGAGAAUAAAGAGAUUCCGGUUGAUUGUUCUGCUGUGGAAAGUUCAACCACUCAUUCAGACAGCAAACUUCCUGUGGAUAUCAGCAGGGAAGAAAAGACUUUCCCUGUCACAGACAAAGUUUUUCGAGAUUGCCAUCAUUUACUUGAUCUCUUAUGUUGGAUGCAAGAUAUAAAUGCAAGAUCAUUUUCAUAUCUCAUGACUUGUAUUUUCAACCUUGAAAGGCUUCUUGUCAGUGCUCUUCUGUAUUUUCAGUGUACAGUGCAGCAGGAUUAUUAUUGUGAGUACUUAAGAUUAUUUGUCUCGUGUCGGAAGGCAUUAUGGUAUAUAUUAAUUGGAUUCUAUGAGAAGGCGGAGACUAUUCAAUCAUUACCAAACACAAUUGUUUCUGAAAGUUCAUUCCCUGUUUUAUGGAUUACAAAGUCAUUAUCUGUGGUUGUGGGGAUUACAGAGGCAUUCUCUGCAAAAGACACUAUUUUAUGUAAAUCUAUGAUGUUUUCCUUGUUGGAUUACACAUCACAUGUCUUGUCCAGCAUAGGUAAAUAUCAAAGUGUAAAUGCUUUUUCCAUUAAUAAAGAAGCUGAAGUGUCACGUGAAGAGAUCUCUAAUCAUAUGAUUUGCCAUGAAGAGAAUAAUUUGAUUCCAUCUUCUCAGAACUCCCCCAAGCUUGAGGCAUUGAAAUGUUUAACCUUUAUGGGUAAGAAUUUGAAAGAGCAUAAACACAGUUUGCUUGUUUCUAUUAACAAUUCCCCUCAUAAUGUCAGUGUGGGAUUUGGUCUUACCAUUGAAAACAUCAUUAGAUUGUCGUCUGCAGUUUGUUGCUUUAGUAGAGUGUUGUGGGGCCUCACAUCCUCCACUGGCCUAACAGAUGCUAAAGAUAUUGAUGAAAAACAAUUAUUGAUCUUGAAAAGUGAGCAUGCCUCUGAACUAAAUAGUUGUAUAUCUUUUCUCAUGGAGCUUUCUGAUGUUUUUGUGAACAAAUUUCUUGUUGAGAGUAACCAACUUUCCAAAAGUUCCCAUAGUAGACAGCAUUCUGAAGAUCCAGUGAUGCAGGUGUCUUUGUCACUUACCAAUUUGGCACCUAAAGUUGUUGUUUCUAAGGCUAAUACCUCAGCUGGUCCACAAAAUGAAUGUAAAGCUGCUGCAACUUGCUAUACUUUAUCAGUUGAUAAUGUCUCCAAGGGUGUCAGUGAUCUAGGAAGGGCUUUGAAUCCAAAAGGUGAAAACUCUGUUGCUAGGGUUUUGGCCGGGGUGGAUUACUUUGAGCCACAGGGUCUAAAUAAGCAUUUUUUACGAAGUUUGGUAAAAGCUGAUCACCCUGAAGUAGCUUUAUUGCUGAGACAACUGCUAAUUGCUUUCUCAUCUCUUUUGAGGUUAAAUUUGCAUAGAAAUGAUCGUUUCUUACCUUCUAGUCUUGUAUCUACUUUCAUUGAAAUUUCACAACUCCUAUUACUAGAAUUUGCAGAGAUGGUUAUGGUCCCACAACAAUCUGCUUUGCUGUUGUUUGAUGGCGCUUGCAGCUAUUUGAGAGAAUUGGUGGGUUAUUUUCCUUUCACCGAUCCUACAUCCUCUAGAAAAGUCCACACAGAAUUGAUUCAGGUUCACAUGAGGGCAAUAGGCAAGUCCAUUUUGUUGCAAGGAAAAGGGCGAACACUAACCUUUCAUGAAAGACAGUCAAGUGCAAAGCCACUUCAUUGUGGAUCAGUUGAAGCUUACUCUUCUACUGAAUUGCACUGCUUUGCCUUGGAUGAAUUUAGAACCAGGCUGCGGAAGUCAUUUAAAGCAUAUAUAGAGAAGUCAUCUGAGCUGCAUCUUUUGUCUACUAUACAGGUCAUUGAGAGAUCUCUAGUAGGUAUUCUAGAAGGAUGUACUGUGAUUUAUGAUGUAAAAACAAGUAAAGAUGGGGAGGAAAUUUUGUUAGUUGUGGCAGGUGGCAUUGAUUGCUUUAGAAUGAUUCUUGAAUUUGUUUCAGGUCGGAAAGGCUUGAAGAUGAUUAAAAGACACAGUCAGAAUUUAGUAUCUGCUGUUUUCAACAUUAUUGUGCAUUUACAGACUCUCCUUAUUUUUUAUGAUAACUUGGCAUCUGGAACAGCUGUCAGUACUCCUGAUCCUGGGUCAGCCAUUCUCAUGGGUGUUGAAGUACUGGUUACAGUUUCUAGAAAACAGGCUCAAUUCCCAAUGGAUGUGGGUCAAAUAUUACAUAUCCCUGCCGUACUCUUUCAGAAUGUUUGUCAGUUUAGGGUUACUAAAGCGCCUGGGUCAUCAGAACCAUUGAUGAUUUCAAAAAAGCAUAUUUGUGAUCCAGUAAAGAGAGUGGGUCACGUUGAUCACCCGUUCUUAGUUAGCCUCUUCAUUGUGUCUUGUCAACUAUUGUGUACCAUUAUUAUGCAUCGUCCAAGUGAGUGCAGACAGUGUGUUGCCCAUCUUGAAGCUUCUGUUGCUGUUCUUCUUAAUUGCUUGGAGACAGUUUCUGAUGAUGAAUCAAAAAGGAAUAAGGGUUGCUUUUCUUCAGAUGAGGAAUUAAAAUGUGCCUGUUUUAUGAGAAGAAUUUAUGAAGAGGUUUGUGAGAUCUAUAAUUUUUCAACCAAAGUGAGAACUAAAUUGGCUAUUAAACCAAAAGAUAUCUUUAGUCGUCAAUGUUCUCUGUUUUUAUCCAAUUACAUAUGGGUUUAUUCAGGAUAUGGUCCCAAGAGAAGUGGCAUCAGAAGAAAAGUAGAUGAAGCUCUACGACCGGGUGUCUAUGCUUUAAUAGACGCUUGCUCAGUUGAUGAUCUUCAAUAUCUUCAUUCGGUUUUUGGAGAGGGACCUUGCAGAAACACCCUGGCCAGUCUUUUGCAUGAUCGCAAACUCAACAAAUACAAAGGAAAAGUUUGAUCUUGAAAUUUUAUUUGCUGACAGUUUUUUUGUGCACUCCUCUCUUGGCUGAGAGCAAGCUAUUCUUAUAACUGGAAAUGAUGUGAUUAUUUUCCCAAGGCGGAGACGUUACCAGAUUCUACGCACGCACGCAUGGUGAGAAGAUACAUCUUGUAAGACCUUGAAAAUUUAACCCAAAAACCCACCUGUCAAAUCCCAGUUAAUGCACCCAAAACCCUGCUCAGACCAUUUAAAACUCACUCCCAAACUCUGCAAACUGACGCCAGGUGUCAAGAAUGGAACGUUCUAAAAUCAGUAGUGGAAGACAAGUGUCCGUAUGAGAGUGCACGUCCGUUUUACCUUGGGAAGAAAAAUGAUUUUUCUGAAAACCUUCUUCCCACUCUCUGCAUGCACCCUUCUUUCUCCUGAAAAACUGACUUUUCAUUUCCUCCUCCUUCUCUCUAGAAACCUCUUCCUUCUCUCUACUGAAACUUACCCUUUCUCUUCUCCGUUCAUCAUUCAGAAACCAUAGAAGUACUCCCGACGCCGUAAGCUUCAAUUUGGACCGAACAGAUCCAGAUUCUAAAACUCAUUUGAUUGGAAGAGUUAAGUGACCGUUGAGGGUAGAAAACGUUAGUUGGACGAGCCACAAAUCUUGCGUUUUGGACAAUUUGUUCACGAAUCCAGAAGGCGAGGCAUUGCUAGAAGACGUUAUUGAAGAGGAGAAUCUGGUAGACGUGGAAGUUAAAGCCGAGCCUUAGAGCUUUCGUUUAAUUUUUAGAUGUUAGCUUUUUAGUUUUUGAACGUUCGGUUAUUUGAUUUUGUAAAACCGUUCGUCCCGAACUUCUAUUAUUUCUGAAUUACUGUAUGGAUUUCUGUAUUUAAAGCCUUUUGGUUUAUGAACUCUAAUUUUUUUUAGUGUAAGACUGCACUGUGUGACUGUUAAUUGUAAUUAAUUCUAUCA